UAGGUUAAGGUCAGGAAAAGAGUUAGCUAAAAACUAUCAACGUUUGAUGUCAAAUUUGACAAAAGCUGUAUCCAGUCUAGAUAUGACCUUAUCAAGUGGGUGAUCAAUCAAGGUGAUGAUGGAGAAAGACCUGCCUGUAUAGGCACUGCCCCCAGAAUAAGUAUAUCGCAGGUGCAGCACAUAAAUGAACCAGUCUCCUCUCUGUUGGGAGUAGAUCAGUAAGAAACUGCUUUGUGACAAAAGACUGACAUCUGAAAUGUCUUCACCUCUGGUGCCCCACCCAAGGAAAAGCUUUCUGGGCAACCCUGAGGAGAGUGACCCCCUGAUGAGAUGGAGACUUGGUUCGCCCUCUGUAUCACAGAUACACUUGACCCGGGGGUUGGUGAAGGCAGGGCCACCUUCUAUUGUUGACAGAGAGGAGACCAGUUCAGCUACACAGGAAAUGUGUUCGCCUCCACCUCUGGUGUCCCAGCCCAGGAACAUCUGUAUGGGCAAGCCUGAGGAGAGUGAUUCCCAGAGGAGAUGGAGUUAUGGUCCCUCUCCCCCAGACCCAUCUGUCCCAGGGCUUGGUGAAGGCAGACCUCCACCUCCAGUGCCCCACCCCAGGAAAAUCAAUAUGAGCAAGCCUGAGGAGAGUAAGCCCCAGAGGAGAUGGAGCUAUGGUCCCUCCUCUCCCUCACACACAUCUGGUCCAGGGGUUGAUAGAGGCAGAAAGCCAGGCACCGCCCAGAAACCGCCCCCUGUGACCCAGAAUAAGUGGUCGGUGGGAAGGAAUCCUCCACAAGAAGGCGGUUGUGACCCUCCGGAUGGGGGGAGUGUGUCUGAAUUCAUUAAGAAGUUUGAAGCUAAAGAGGACCAGAACAAGCAGCUGGUGGUGCGUUGUCCUGUUGGUCCGCCUGCCGUCAUCUACAGAGAGGACUCCGUUCCCCCUCUCUAUGAAAAGGUUUUGGCUACGCAGGAAACUCGUAUGUUUGGGUCGCCUGCCUUCGUUGACAGAGAAGAAUCCAAUGACUACAUCUAUGAAGAGGUUUUUGUUACGCAUGAGACGCGUACGGUAGCAGUUCAACAACGGAUAUGUGCAACCUAUGUUCACUGUGUAAGGCCACCUCCUCCAUUGCCGUUAAAGCAGUCACUCCCUCUGAAAGGCAGAAUCAAAACACUCUCAAAAAGCAGCAUUAGUGAAGAGGAAAAAGAUAACAUCAAGGAUGCAGAUCAUCUGAUGGAAUGGUGGGAGAAGGUGAAACGUGAACCAUGGAAAGAUCUGUCUAAAGACCCUAAACUGGCCAAGAAGGGAGAAGCAAAACUGUUCAAAGAGAAAGCCCAGCGGUUCCAGAAUGCAUUGCAGUUGUACAACCUCCUCCUGACUAAGCAUGGGGAGACCCUAAAGAACCACAUCAUUGACCUCAUCAGCAUCGCAGACAACUUAGACAAGGUUUCCAAGGGAACCAAGAUUGCUGGCAUCACCGGGGGUGCCACGGGGGCGGUUGGAGGGGUGGCGGCUGCAGCAGGGGUGAUCCUCGCCCCCUUCACCCUAGGGGCAUCACUGGCCUUGACAGUGGUCGGUGUCGGUGUAGCUGCAGCUGGAGGGGUCACAGGGGCCUCUGCAGUUAUUGCUAACAAAGUGAGCAGUGCACAGGACAGGAAGAAGAUUGAGUUGAUCCUUCAAGACUACCUGGCCCUGAUGGGUGACAUUGAAGCCUGCUUGAGGUUCAUCAACGUGGGCAUGGAGCACCUGAGGAAGCACAACCUCUCAACCCUCCAGGAGGUCGACACUGAGGCCGUCAGAGUGGUCAGGGUGGCCAUAGUGACAGGAGUGGGUAGCUCCAGUGCCAUAGAUGCCAGCAGUAAGGCAUCGGGGAUGCUCCAAGGCUUUGCUCUAGGCAUGGAUAUCUAUUUUACCCAGAAGGAGGAUGGCAAAGGUGGCCCGAAGCUGAAGAAGGGAUUGGAGUCUAAGUUUGGGAGAAAGAUACGCGAAGUGGCUCAGCAGCUGAAUGAAGGGCUGGAUGAAGUGAUCAAGGUCAAAUAUGAGCUAGUUGAAAAUAAUCUCAUCCUCUGAAGAAAGGGAAAGGGGGAUACCUGGUCAGUUGCUCAACUGAAAUGUCUUCCGCAUUUAACCCAACCCCUCUGCCUUAAUCGACAGCCCUACACACACAAACAUGUGGUUUCCUCAAGGCUUCUUUGGGAAGGGUGACGGUUCCAGUGAUAUUUAAGAUGUUGGUGGCAGCUCAUUGGACUUGAUGUUAUGCGAUUACAUGAUUAAGGUCAGUGUCUUGUGAAUUGAGACUGGUUGACAGUCAGUAGUUCUCAAUUCUCUCCUCAGGGACCCUGAGCAGUUCCAGUGCUAGUGUACUUGAUUCUGUUAAUAGACACAAUAGUAAAAACCGAUGGAAUUUUAAAAAUAUAACAUUGCUAUUAAACCAGAAUAAAUAACCUUUUGAGAUCAUUCUCCAUGAAGUUUCUAUAAAUCACCAUAAGGGUUGUAACCAUAACAGAACCCUUUGUCUAAAACUUUUUAGAAAUGGUUAUUUAUAGAACAUUUUGGUAUGUUCAGGUAGGUUUCAGUUCACUACCAGGUUUCAGAAUCACUGCAACAUUUUCCAUUGUCAAAUCUAUUGUCAUAUAAAACAAUGUUGUGAAUAAAUAAAUAAUUAAAGACA